CCUCCGCCCGACAGCAGUCUAGUCCCCGCACACGAAGGAAGGGAAGGAAACAACAAACUGUUGCAUAACCCUUAAGUCAAUUAUUGGACAAAAACCGCCUUCUGAAAGCGGAGGGACGUCGGGAGAGCAUUAAAUUGUCUUUUUUUUCUGUAAAUAGAACAACAGUUUCUUCUAGUUCGCGGAGGGAUUCCACUAACUUUUUCCCCGGACGUGAUACAGGACGCUGCUCAGUCCUGUAUCACCAUCUCUUUUUUCAUUAAGAUAUCUACUUUUUUUUUACCAUUCGUACUCUACUUUUUUUCUACAGUCCGUGGUCUCAUUUAGAUGGCAAGCUUCCCAGAUUCUGUAAAUAAAAAUGAUUUAGGUCAGGCUAAGGUCGUUGGUGAACUCCUUGCACCUAUAGCCCCCUUCGACCAGAAAUCCGGCCGGGAGACUUGGACUUUAGCGUUUGCACCCAAUGGUUCCUACUUCGCUUGGUCUCAGGGGCAUCGCAUCGUCAGGCUCAUUCCGUGGACUAAAUGUCUGAACAGUUUUUCAGGGGGCCCUGGUGCAGAAGCUACGGAUGGGUCCAGCCCCCGGCAGCCGAGCUCUCCGAGCAGCGAUGAGAGCCAGGCCGUCAUCGUGGCCGGCGAGCCCCAGGAACGCACCAUUGACUGUGGUGGCACCGUCUGGGGCUUGGCCUUCGGCUCUUCUGUGCCGGAGAAACAAAGCCGCUGCGUCAACAUCGAGUGGCAUCGCUUCAAGUUUGGCCAAGACCAGCUGUUACUGGCCACGGGCCUCAACAACGGUCGCAUCAAGAUCUGGGACGUUUACACCGGAAAACUCCUGCUGAAUCUGAUGGAUCACACAGACGUAGUGCGAGACUUGACCUUUGCUCCUGACGGCAGUCUCAUGUUGGUGUCGGCAUCCAGAGAUAAGACCCUUCGCGUGUGGGACCUCAAAGAUGAUGGUAACAUGGUGAAGGUUCUGCGUGGGCAUCAGAACUGGGUGUACUGCAGUGCCUUUUCCCCCGACUCCACCAUCCUGUGCUCAGUCGGCGCAGGCAAAGCAGUGUUUCUAUGGAACAUGGAUAACUACUCAGUGCUCCGGAGGCUGGAGGGGCACCACAACGACGUGGUGUCUUGUGAGUUUUCCCCGGACGGGGCUCUGCUGGCCACGGCCUCCUACGACACCCGGGUCAUCGUCUGGGACCCUCACAAGGGCACCGUCCUCCUGGAGCUCGGCCAUCUCUUCCCUCCUCCUUCUCCCAUUUUUGCCGGCGGGGCCAACGAUCGCUGGGUCCGCUCCGUGAGCUUCAGCUCUGACGGGCUCCACAUCGCCAGCAUCGCAGACGACAGGCUGGUCCGGUUCUGGAGUAUCGAAGAACGGGCUCCUCAGGCCAUCGCCCCUCUGUCUGCCGGCCUCUGCUGCACCUUCUCUCCGGAGGGACGUGUCCUUGCUGCCGGGUCUGGAGACGGCAGCGUGCAGUUCUGGGAGUGUCCCCGCAGCGUGGCCAGCCUGCAGCACCUGUGCAGGAUGGCUGUGCGGCGCGUCAGCAGCUCCCAGCAGGUGGAGGCGCUGGCCAUCCCCACCCCGCUCAGAGACUACCUGACCUACAGAGUGGUCUGAUCAGACAGCCAACUCCACCUGCUGCAGCAGCACAAACCACAUGGAUCUGACUCUCUUUAUCUUCUAAAUAUCCAAGACAAUGUCCUGGUCUGUGUGUGUGUGUGUGUGUGUGUGUGUGUGUGUGUGUGUGUGUGUGUGUGUGUGUGUGUGUGUGUGUGUGUGUGUGUGUGUGUGUGUGUGUGUGUGUGUGUGUGUGUGUGUGUGUGUGUGUGUGUGUGUGUGUGUGUGUGUGUGUGUGUGUACAUAUAUAUAUAUACAUAUAUAUAUAUAUGUGUAUAUAAUAUUAUAUAUGUAAAAUAAUAUACAGUUUUUUAAGUACUUUUUUACCUGCCUGUGCUUGGACCAGUGCACCAUCCAAACCUGUAAGGUCAAAUGUAUUUUCUUCCUUUUCUUUUGUUUGUACUCGUAAGAGUUUGGCUUUUCCAUCAUCCUGUUUCUUAAACCCGUCACCGUUCCUCCGAAGUUCACAAGGAGCUUUUUGCAGUGAUACUUUCUUUUUAUUUCAGGUUUUUUCCUUUUCAUUGUAAUCAGGGAGCCACAAUGUGGAGAUAUGGGUUUUAUUUAGUAAUAUUUAGGUUAUUAGUAGUGCUCUAGUAUGGAGUUAUUGAAAAUCCAUGCUAGAAUUUGAGAACUAUGUUCAUGGGGGACGUUAUUGGAAAUACAUUUAUUGCUUUAUACUUCUCCUGCCGUGGUACAAAAGAGUCGUCAUGGGUGGACGUGAAAGGAGCGAGACCAAAAGCGUUUUUGAACCAGGCUGUAAAUAUAGUAGUUUUUGUAUUAAAGUGGACAUUUGACCGGGGGGAUUGGUGGAGCUGGACCGGCUUUGGCUCAGGAUCUAUCAGCCAGUCAGGGAACUGGAACCAAACCUAGUUUAGAUGGUUGGAUGGUUGCCGUUGGUUACCGUUAGAGAUCCAGCAGGAUCCCCCUGCAGGCGUGGUGGUUAGGUUAGGGUGGGCUCACCUUCACCACACUGAGAUUUACGCUGGUGCUUUCUGGCCCAGUUCCUCUUUGGUUUGCUGUUUGGGUCACCCCGGCCAUCACUCAGUUCCCCUCAGCGUGGCUGCUAAAGUGUGAUCAAGUGCUGCAGAGUGAUACGCUGUUGCCAGAGACAAAGGCAAGACUGUGAAGCAGAGGUUUGUGGUUGUUUGGUCAGGACGGGAGAGAGCGUGGCAGCCUAACCACUUCCUAAAAGCAAUCCAAUCAAUUCAUCAUCAAUUCAUUCAACUCAAGUAGCAAAUACUUUCACUUGUGAAUCCGUUUUUUUGAAGCUUUCUCUGGCACGAAUACAUUUGCCACUGACGUCCAAACCAUUUUAAACAGGGGUUAAGGUUUGUAGAUCUAAUUACUAGUGCCGUUCUAUCGACUGUGAAACAAUGGAUCUAUUUCAUUUUUGCAGUAAAAUAAACAUAAACACCAAAUGUUUUGCUUACAAAUAGUGUUAGGUCAGAUUUCAAUAAGUGGCAGAUAUUGGGCCCAGUUGGAAAAGCCCAGGUUGCCUGAGGAGCCCGUUUGCCUGUUUGUUGCUUCCCAGACGUUGGUGUUGCGCUUGUAUUUCCUGGUGUGUGCGUUUACAGCGUACAGAGUACGUACCGUAUGCGUGUCUGAAAUAUUUCCAUAAGCUAAAUGAAAACUUGCGUUUUUGUUUUUUUUUUCCACCAAUUUCCACACAAAUCUCCUUUGUUAAUUGAAUAUUUGUAUACUUGUGUAAUUUUUUGUCUCCUUCCUCAUAAUGUGAAAGAUAUCAGUUAUGUUUUAUUGCUAGUGUUUUACUUGUACACCUCAGGUUCAAACAUCAGCGGGGGGAACUGCAACCCUGAAUGUAAAUAUCACAGUUAGCACUUCCCGCAAACCUUAAAGUUAUCUCUAGCCACAGAUGUACUCUAUUCUUGAUAUUUCUCUAUAGGCCUUGAUAUGCAAGAGAGUGACACCGUUGAAAGGCAGGAUUAUGUAGAAUCUGGGUGUUUGUCCUUGUGUGUUUGUGAGCUGAAUGAGGUGGAGAGAGCGUGAGCUCUCCACGUUCCUCAGAUACGCCAGCAGAGCAGAGGUCAGUCUUUCUCCGUCAUGUUUCUCUCACUGCUAGUGCCAAACGUUUUUAUUAUUAUAUUGUUGUUGAAUGGUUUGUGUAGGUAGUGGGUAGGUUGUGCAGUAGUGAGAUAUGGAAGAAGUUGCAUCACUGGGCGUCACUGUAAAGUACAGAAGAGUACCAGGGCCAGGCAGGAGAAACGUACAAAUAAUAUUUUAGAGCAGGGAGAUUUUUUUUUCAUUAUGCAAUUUGAGGAAAAAAGUUGAAAUGUCGAGAAAAAAGUUGAAAUGUUGAGAAAAAAGUGGAAAUAUCGAGUUUAAUGUUGAAGUACAAUUUCAAGAAUAAAGUCAAAAUUUCAUGAAUAAAGUUGAAAUGUUGAGAAAGAAGGCGAAAUUUCGACCUUAUUUGUGAAAUUUCGACUUUAUUCGCAAAAUUGUAUUUCAACAUUAAUCUUGACAUUUUGACUUUUUUCUCAACAUUUCAUCUUUUUUCUCGAAAUUGUAUUUCAACAUUAAUCUCGGCAUUUCGACUUUUUUCUUGAAGUGCACAAUAAAAAAAACUCUUCCCGUCUCAGGUAUUUCCUCUCCUGCCUGGCCCUGAUCCUCUUCCGUAGUAAAGAGACCUCAGCAGGGUUGGGGGUUCUGCGUGUUCCAGAGACCAAGCCCCUCCCCUUCAGAUCAGCAGUAUAAACCAAGAAAUAUGUGAAUGUAAUGAAAUCCUGCAACCUUCUUGUAAUGUAUUCUGAUGUUUCUAUUUUCAAUAAAGACCUUUUGACAUAA